AUGUUCUCCUUCGCCAAAAAGCCACUCUGGCGGUUACCGCCCUUCCCGGAGCCGCCAGUUCCUCAACAGGAACUUGUUGACGAAGAGGUUUGUCCUGACUACAAUUCGGCGACUUUCUACCCAGCAAAGCCGGGGGAAGUACUCGCCAAGAAAUUUCAACUACUUGUCAAAAUCGGAUGGGGAUCGCAAUCAACCGUGUGGCUCGCCCGAGACAUUUCCAGACUCAAAUGGCAAUCUGAAAAAACCGUGGCCCUGAAAAUAAUUAACAGUAGCAACGCUGACGAUGCUCGUCAUGAGAAGGAGAUUGAAAGCCAUAUUGCACAGCGACAUUCCGAGCAUCGUGGCCGCGUAAUUCUACGGACGUGCCUGGAUGACUUCGAAGUACCUGGUCCGGAAGGAAAGCACAUGUGCCUUGUGUACGAGCCGAUGAGAGAGCCUCUCUGGAUUUUACAGACGCGUUUCGUUGAUCGCAAGAUUCCUCUUCCCAUUGCGAAGGCCUAUAUCUAUUUUCUCCUUGUUGGCCUUGAUUAUCUUCACUCAGAGUGCAAACUAGUCCACACGGAUCUAAAGCUAGGGAAUAUCCUCAUAAGCUUUGAAAACGAAAACAUUCUUACCGACUUUAUUAACCGACAACAACCGAUGCAAUACAAGGUUGAUAAUGAGAGUGGCCGGACUAUCUACCGCUGCCAUAAUGACUUCGGUGCUCUUGACUGGAGAGAAAUCAAGAAUAUGGUUCCCAAAAUAGCCGAUUUCGGGCUCGCAACAAGACUGGACAAACCCUCUACCCGAAAUGGAAUGGUAGGAGAGCAACUGGGCAUUUAUCCUAUCCAACCGGACUAUUACCGUGCUCCGGAGGUAAUCCUUGGCUGUGGUUGGGAUUUCAAGGCAGAUAUUUGGAACUUUGGAGGUCUAUUGCAACACAACGCGCGUUUCGUUUCCCUUGGUUUCAGUUACAAUCACUGGCUUGGGCUGAAGGCUAAUAAUCCUGUUCACAAGUUGUGGAAUAUCCUUGGAAGCAAGGAGUUGUUCCAGCAGGUACAUAAUACAAACGGCCAAUACGACGCAAAGUCACACCUCGCGGAAAUGAUUGCCUUACUCGGCCCUCCCCCCGGGGCAUUGCUCGCGAAAUCAAAGGCUAUGUCAGAGCACAAUUGGCCCCAGCCUGUCACGAAUGACUCUGGAGCACUCUGCAAUAAUGCUCAAGAAUUCUUCAGUGGCCCUUUCUUCAAUGCAGAAGGUAAAUUCUGCUAUAAUGAAUUGAUCCCAUCCGGAUGUUUAGAGGAUAAGGCCCCGUUCCUCGAAGAGAAUGAUCGAGAGGCAUUUCUAUCUUUUGUUCGAGAUAUGCUCACCUGGCUCCCGGAGAAGAGGAAGACAGCUCGCGAACUGAUGGAUCAUCCGUUUCUCAAACUUGGGGGUUGA